GUGCCAUCUAAAUAUCAGCUGCAAGGACAUAACCUCUUAGUUUAUGGGAAACAUGACGCUUUGAAAUCUGUUUUCAUAUCCCGUGAACGGUAUAAUCUCGGAGAUAACUUAUCUGUCAUUAGAUUUAUUCACACAUGUUAUUCCUCGAUUAUAUGAAUCAACUUAUCGACCAUCGCAAUUUAAUCUCUUUGACGAUGUUCGAAGUCGAUUUCUCAAUUGCAGAUAACACCGGUUAAUGUAUAUGUAUACGAAGUAUGCAAAGCGACAGUCGUGCAAAAUGUUGAUUUCGAGGUUAAUACGUGAGAUUAAUAAAAAGUGGUUCGUUGUACGAAAGAAAACCACCCAAAACGUGCAAUCGGCCAGAGAUGCAGUUGUUCGUGGCGCUGUUAUUGUUGUUUGCGCUAUCUUUGUAGUUUGGUUAUCUGUGUUCCUUUAUACAGCUUUUUAUUACACAUACAUGCCCAGUAUGUCGUAUGUGCGUCCUGUACAUUUGCAAUUCAAAUCAUGCGAUGAACAAAAAGGUAUUUGUAGUUUUCCAUCGGCUCAUGUGCAGUUGACCAACAAACAACAGCUCCUCAUGAUAGGUCAGCCAUACAAAGUGAAUUUACAUUUGGAAAUGCCAGAAUCACCUGCCAACAGAGAACUUGGUAUGUUUAUGGUUUGUGCACAGCUAAGGAGUCGUGAUGGAUUUCUUGUGGACCAUUCCUGCAGACCUGCAAUGUUACAUUACCGUAGUACAUUAUUGCAUACGCUUACAACUCUAACCUUUUCACCUAUGAUGAUUUUUGGAAACAUUGAGGAGAAGCAAGAUGUUGUUCUGGAAUUGUUUGGUAACUUCGAAGAGGACCAGAGUCAUCCAGUGACAAUUAUUUACAUUCAGAUUCAAUCGAGGCAUAUCGAAUUCUAUUCUGCUAGCCUCAUGAUAAACGCCCAUUUAACAGGACUACGUUACUUGAUGUUUCAUUGGCCAAUUCUGUCAGCCAUUGUUGGUAUUGGUACAAAUUUGUUUUUCAUAGCGUUUGUAUGUACACUUUCGUACCUGCAUUUUGUAGUUGAAGAGGAAAAUACUGACGAAAAUUUCAGUUAUGAAAAGGGCGAGAUUGAGGAUGAGAAGGAUAAUAAGACUGUUAGCGAACUAUCAUCGUCGGAAACGUCGUCAUUGCAAGAUAGUCCUAUUUCAGAAGAUCUCAAGAGUCGAAAGAGAAGUUUAUUAUCACGUACACCCGAGACAAUUGGGGGUGAGCAGAGAUACAUUCAAGAGAUUUCCACGCUACUUGCCGAAGCGUCAAGUAGCGAUAAAUAACUCAAUACUUAGAAAUAUGACGAUACAUUGCGAGAAUAUACGUAGCGGAUUAUUAACCAUAGGUGUGAAAAGAGAAUUGAUGAGAGGAGGGAAGUCAUUAAAAUGUAUAUUUUUGUAAAGUUAUUAAGAAAGAUUACUUUAAAAUAUAUUUUUAUUUUAUACACAAA